GAAGCUGCUGCUGCUGCUGCUGCUGCGGCUGGCCGGUGGCUCCUGGUUUCCCGCGGCCGAGUCGGGGCGGAACAGGAGAUGAUGUGGUCUGAAGGCCGCUACAGCCAUGAGCGACCUCCGAGACAACGAGGGCCUCCGCGCAGCCACCCUGCUGAUGGCUACCAUAGAGUAGUUAAUAUUGUGCCAAAGAAACCACCACUGCUAGACAGACCGGGUGAAGGAAGCUACAGUAGAUAUUACAGUCAUGUUGAUUACCGAGAAUGUGACGAGGACCGCAGUUUUUCUGAUCGGAGGAGUGGUCCGCCUCACAGAGGAGAUGACUCUGCCCAUCGGUGGAACAGAGAGGAGCAUUCUGCAAGCCGACAGUCUGAAUACAGGGAGAGGCAAAGCACGAAGCCCUUACUCCCUCUUCCUCCAGAGGCCCUGCGACGGCAAGCUCCCUCCUUCACAAGGGACGUGAGAGAUGGCUUUAGAAGAAAAAGUUUCCACUCUUCCCAUUACGGGAGAGACCGGUCUCCUCAUAAAAGAGACGCUCCUUUCCUGCGCGAUUCCCCCGUGGGCCGCAAGGACUCUCCUCACAGCAGAUCCGGCUCCAGCGUCAGCAGCAGAAGCUACUCUCCGGAAAGAAGCAAAACUUACUCCUUCCACCAGUCCCAGCAUCGCAAGCCCACGCGUGCGGGUACCUUCUACAAACGGCAGAAUGAAGGAAAGCCAGAAAGAGGUAAAGAGAGACCUGCCCAGUCUUUGAAAACAUCACGAGACACUUCGCCAUCGAGUUCUUCAGCGGUUCCUUCAUCAAAGACGCUGGACAAGCCCAGCAGACUAACUGCGAAGGAGCUUGCGGAGGCUGCGAGCAAGUGGGCGAGCAAGUGGGCUGCUGAGGAGCUGGAGGAGGUGGAUGAAAGGAACUUGCCAGAUAUUUCCAAGUAUGAGGCGGAACCCACGGCACCCGAGGAACCUGAAUCCAGCGCACCUGAAGGCGUGGAAUUCUUUGAAGACAGCCAGCUCAGCACUCGCUCUAAAGCAAUAGCGAUGAAAACCAAAGAGAUUGAACAGGUUUACCGGCAAGACUGUGAAACGUUCGGGCUGGUUGUGAAGAUGCUGGUGGAGAAGGACCCUUCCUUGGCCAAGGCCAUCCAGCCUGCCCUGCGGCAGAACUUACACGAACUGGGCGAGCGCUGUGUGGGGGAGCUGAAACGCUUCAUCGCCGAAUAUGACACUGCCACUCCUGCGCUCGGAGAGCCGCUCUAGGAGCUUCCUCGCUCAGCAGGAAAGUGUUUCUAGAUGCCCUGAACCCUGGGCUGUGUAAGUCCUUCAUAGAUGGAAGUCCUUUGUGGUAGGUGACCACCUUUCCAUGUCAAAUAAAGCUCCUGCAGCCGCUCUCUCGGGUGGAACCGUCCGCCCUGCAGGGUGCUGUGUGCACUCUCCCCCAGCAGGGGCCGUGGGCAGCUGAUUGUCCGUGCCCGAGAGCCACGUGCUGGCCUCCCCGUGUAUCCUUCCUGUGGGAGUUUCUGUUUGGCAGCAGCGUUGGAGGCCCAGUGCCAGACAUUCCAUUUCAUCUGUGUUUGAGUGCAGUGUCCUGAUCAAUGGGCCACGUGGGCAUGGGAGCACUGGGUGUCCAGCAGGCCCCCGCGGGGAUGGCCUCGGGUUUAAAGUUGGGAAUUCCUGAACAUUAAAUAUGUUUGAAAUAUCCCGAAGUCUAAUUUAAAUUUUUCUAUAUAGGCUAUCUUUCUCACUUGAGAAAAUGGCUGAUAAAAUGCCCACAGUUAAAGCAUGUGCAGGUUACCCAGGGUUCCUGGGGUGUGCCAGGGCAGGGCAGGUGUUCUCAGCCCUGCCCUCCGUGUGCUGCAGGUCCGCUUGGUCUCCUGGGGCACUGGCUGCGCCCAUGGGCAUCCCAACAGAGAGCGAGGCGGUCCCAGGACUCGGGCUGCCUCCUCUCCAGGCCUUAUCCAGCCUCCUGUCUCCCCUCCUCCAACAUGGCCAGUUUGGGGAUAACGUUUGUUGAAAGUGUCAAAAGAGCAACUCCAGAGUGAAUGUAAUGUGAAUAAUGUGACCCAUCUAUGACGGGUGCCUCCAGAUGCAUGGUGCCCCGUCGGUCAGUUUCAAACCUGGUUGAGGGCAGCGACGAACACUGCUCCGUGGGCUGUCACCGUCCGAAUGCUACGCCGACCUAACUGGCAUGAAGGCACCUCUGGCACUGUGCCCUGAUGUCACAGGUUUUGUCGUGUGUAUUAUAAAGGCCAAGAACUGUUGGCCCGGCCUCCAUGUGCUGCCCCUGCGGCCCUGGGUCUGCUUCUGCCUAGUCCAGCACUGUGUUCUGGUACUUCAGGUGUUGCAACUUUGCAAGGAAACGUGAGAACGCAACCCUGACAGAGAGUCUCCGUUGCACAUGGUGCCAGUGCAGGGCCAGCAGUCCUCCUCCUCCUCUUCCUCCUCCUCCUCCUCUUCCUCCUGCUCCCCCCACCACCCCCGGCUUCACUUCCAUGCCUGCUCUCUCCAACAUGGCCACAAUAGCCUGCUCUGCGCCUAGUCCUGUGGGCUUUGCAGUGUUAAAUCCCUCGGGGGUUGGAGCCGCCUUUCCAGUCUAAUCGUAGGAUAGCACAGUUCAGUAUGUACCUGGGAAUGUACUUUGCAGAAUAGUCUGGGUUAAAGAGAUUUGCUUUUACACUGUCAUUUUUAGUAGGCCCAGUUACAAAAAUUGUUAUUUGAUUUGACUUUGAAGCCUUCAGUGGUCAACAGGAAAACCCCAUUCUGUAAGAUGCUUUGUUCAUUUUGAAAUUGCAAAUAAAGCAACUAAGUUUAA